AUGGAAGUCAAUCAGAAGAACGUUGACGCGUCGGAUGUCGCGUUCGCAAACCUACAUGAUGAGGAAUACGAACGUGCACUUCCAGCUUCGGCAUUUCCUGAAAAGCGUACUAAACGAACGUGGAUAGAGUAUAUACUGGGACUGGAUUGGUGGCUUAUCAUCGGUUUCGUCUUGUGGUAUGCGCAAAAUGCUUGUUAUGUGGUCUUCAACAAACUGUUUUUGAACGAAUUACCGCUGCCUUGGACCUUGAGUGCCUUCCAACUGCUAAUUGGGUGGUUUUUCAUGAUCGUGUUUUGGGGGUGCAACAUCCGAGACAAACCCAACUUCGACAACGUACGCAAAUUUUUCGUCACCUUUCUGCCCAUGUCGUUUCUUCAUUUCCUGGUGCACGUGUCCGCAGUGAUUUCUAUGGGUCUAGGAGCUAUAUCAUUUACUCACGUUGUGAAGGCGCUCGAGCCAGUGAUCACUGUCAUCUUGUCCAUGCUGUGCCUCCACGAAUUCAUGAACGUAUACGCGUACCUUGCUCUCAUACCAAUUGUUGGAGGUGUGGCGUUGGCAUCCAUAAAGGAACUGAACUUCAGCAUCGGAGCAUUUUUGUUCGCCAUGCUCUCCAACGUCGCGGGAGCAACGCGCUCCAUUUUGGCCAAGGUCACUUUGAAGAACAAAGCAGACAUUGGAGAAAACCUUACGGCAAACAAUAUCUACAUGAUAUUGACUUUGAUUGCUUCGCUCAUAUCGCUUCCUUUCCUGGUUGGCUUCGAAGCGCGUCACUGGAUCCCAGUCUGGACCAAGGCAACGGCAAAUAUGACGCAAAGCGAAAAACUUUGGCUCCUUUUCUAUGGUUUCGCAUCUUGCUUCUUCUACUUCUUGUCGAAUGAUAGCGCAUUUUAUUGCCUGGGCCAAAUCAACCAAGUAACCUACUCUGUGGCAAACACUGCUAAACGUGUUUUGCUCAUAGCCUCAUCCAUCAUUGUCUUUAAGAACAAGGUCACUGGAAUGGGUUAUAUUGGAAUGAUCUUUGCGGUUUUGGGAACGUUCGUCUAUUCAAUGGUCAAAUAA